AUGGAUGGAAUGCUUCAUAUUCUGAAUCUCAAGCGAAUUAACGCGGGGAACAUACAUCUCAAGUCAUUUUGGAGUCAAGAUGCGGCCAAUGAGUUUAUAGUCUGCCAGCUUGACUGGAUCCAUCAAAUCCUUCAAAGUAAGCAGAUAGGGCAACAGGUAUAUAAACUUGAUCUCCCCCUCUGUCUUGAACUUUCCAACUCGUUCAUCUCUGCAAUAAAUCUUCUCCCCUUACUAAGCAUGUCAGACAAGGCCAACCAAAACGAUGUACCCAUGCAAGGGCAAGGUGCUUAUAGCUCCCACGCUGCACUCCAGCAUCAGGCGAUGCUCAAAGCCCUGCCUCUCUUCGAGAAAGCUGCAAAGGCUGUAGCGAACCACGACGGUGACCACACAGCCGUUGUUGAGUAUGGAUCUGCCCAUGGCAACAAUUCAUUAGAACCUAUGCAAGCGAUUCUCAAAGCAACUCCUACCCGUCAAGUGGAGCUGCUGUUUAGUGAUCGUCCAGAGAAUGAUUUCAGUACUCUGUCUACCACAAUCACAUCGUGGGCCGACGCGUUGAACAAGACUCAAUUCCCCCACUCGUUAUUUUUGAGCAUGAUACCUCGCAACUUUUACCAUAAAGUUGUCCCCCCUCAAUCAGCACAUCUCGGCUUUUCACUCGCCGCCUUGCAUCACCUCGACCACGUUCCCUCUCCAACUGGCGUACAGUCGGAAGAUGAUCAGCUCCUCCGGAAGCAGGCUCAUCUCGAUCUCUCUACCUUUCUGGAACUUCGUGCACAGGAAAUCAUCUCCCGUGGCUCACUUGUUCUCUCGUUCGUCGGUCAAGCAUCUGCUGGAUACGAGAACUACAGUGGUCCUGUCGACGCGUGCCGCAAUGCCAUGAUCGAGAUGGUUCAGCAAGGGAUCAUUCCUGUUUCAGUAGCAGGAGCUUUUCGUGUCCCGACUUACAACCGAACUUUGGAUGAUGUGAGAAAGGUCCUGAGCGAGAUGAGCAGCGUGUGGGACGUCCAUGAUCUAUUCGAGGCCGACAUUACUCAUCCAGCCAUCCACGAUUUGAAGAAGAAUCAGGCUAAGGAUGAAGAUGCCAGUCGAGAGUAUGCUAGCAUCGUUAUUGAUUGGAUGAUGGCCGUUUGCUCUGGUUACUUCCUCAAGGCUCUUAAAGUUGGUAAUGAAGGUCGCUACACUGAAGAAGAAGAAAAGACACUUCUGGGUGAUUGGGUUGCUAAGACCAAGGAAUUGUUUAUUCGGGAUCACAAAGAUGAGGAGGUUGUUUGUUCAUUUGUCUAUGUUCAUUUAUCCAAGGUUUAG